UUUCAGACAAAUUUUGUUUUGUCGUCUAAUCUAAUUCUUUACUUUUUCUCCACACAAAAAGAAGAAGCAGACAUUCGGUUAGCGGAAAUGGCGGGAAACGGGAACGAAAACACGACCGAUGGAGAAUUCAGUUUCUCGGCAGCGGCGGCGCGUGAUGCGCUUCCGAGGAUCACGACGGAGAAGGGUGCCAAAUCUCCGACGUCGAGAGACGUGUGCCACGACGACACCGCAUCGAGGGUCAACUUUCAGACAAUCGACGAGCUUCACAGCCUACAGAAGAAACGAUCUGCUCCGACCACUCCUCUGAAAGAAGGAGGUGGCGUAGUGAUGGGAACCAGUGGCCCUACCACUCCUGUUUCCGGCGAGACCAUGCUUCAAUCCGUCAGUGCAUCGUUGGCUUCGUUGACGAGAGAGACAGGACCGAAGUUGAUCAGAGGAGAUCCGACAUCGGCGGCGAAAGUGGCGCACGUGCCACACACUCCUACGUCGUCACUUCCGGCUGCUGACGUCAGCGACAGUGCCUUGAAAUUCACUCACGUCCUUCACAACCUCUCUCCCGCCGAAUUAUACGAGCAGGCGAUAAAGUAUGAGAAAGGAUCGUUUGUGACGUCGACCGGUGCGUUGGCGACGUUGUCCGGAGCCAAAACCGGUCGGUCUCCUAAAGACAAGCGUGUGGUUAAGGAUGAGACCACCGCCUCAGAGCUCUGGUGGGGAAAAGGAUCACCAAACAUUGAAAUGGAUGAACAAACCUUUUUGGUGAAUCGAGAAAGAGCUGUUGAUUACUUGAACUCUUUGGACAAGGUGUUUGUGAAUGAUCAAUACCUAAACUGGGACCCAGAGAACAGAAUCAAAGUAAGAAUCGUAUCAGCGAGAGCAUAUCAUUCACUAUUCAUGCACAACAUGUGUAUCCGUCCAACACCAGAGGAGUUGGAGAAUUUCGGAACACCCGAUUUCACGAUAUACAACGCGGGGAAAUUCCCGUGUAACCGUUACACUCAUUACAUGACAUCGUCGACGAGUGUAGACAUAAACCUAGGAAGAAGAGAGAUGGUGAUCCUUGGGACACAAUACGCUGGAGAGAUGAAGAAAGGACUCUUUGGUGUGAUGCACUACCUGAUGCCUAAGAGAAAGAUCCUGUCUCUUCACUCUGGUUGUAACAUGGGCAAAGAUGGAGACGUUGCUCUGUUUUUCGGGCUCUCUGGAACCGGAAAGACAACAUUGUCGACUGAUCAUAACCGGUAUUUGAUCGGAGACGACGAGCAUUGCUGGAGUGAGUCUGGAGUCUCGAAUAUCGAAGGUGGUUGUUACGCGAAAUGCAUUGAUUUGUCGAGGGAGAAAGAGCCUGAUAUCUGGAACGCUAUCAAAUUCGGAACAGUGUUGGAGAAUGUGGUGUUUGAUGAGCACACGAGAGAAGUGGAUUAUACAGACAAAUCGGUGACGGAGAACACACGUGCGGCUUAUCCGAUAGAGUAUAUUCCGAACUCGAAGAUACCGUGCGUUGGACCACACCCGAAGAACGUGAUCCUGUUGGCUUGUGACGCCUUUGGUGUGUUGCCGCCAAUCAGCAAGCUCAAUCUCGCUCAGACUAUGUAUCAUUUCAUCAGUGGCUACACUGCUCUCGUAGCAGGAACAGAGGAAGGAGUAAAGGAGCCUCGAGCGACAUUCUCGGCUUGUUUUGGAGCAGCUUUCAUUAUGCUUCACCCGACAAAGUACGCAGCUAUGUUAGCUGAGAAAAUGCAGGCUCAGGGUGCCACCGGUUGGCUUGUUAACACCGGCUGGUCCGGUGGAAGCUAUGGCUCUGGAAGUCGUAUUAAGUUGGCGUACACACGAAAGAUUAUUGAUGCUAUACAUUCGGGAAGCCUCUUGACUGCAACUUAUCAGAAAACAGAGAUUUUUGGUUUGGAGAUUCCAAAUGAAGUUGAAGGAGUGCCUUCUGAGAUUCUGGAGCCUAUGAACGCAUGGGAAGACAAAGUGGCUUAUAAGGACACAUUGUUGAAAUUGGCUGGUUUGUUUAGAAACAAUUUUGAGACAUUCACAAGUCAUAAGAUUGGAGAGGAUGGAAAGUUGACUGAAGAGAUUCUUGCAGCUGGUCCAAACUUCUAAAGUGAUGGAUGAUGAUGAUGAUGAAAGAUAAAAAAAUAAACAAUUUCCCCAUUUUUGAAUGAGAAAAUUCAGCAAAAGUGGUAAAUCUAAAACUAAGCGAAUAAUGUUUAGUAGACGAAUUUCAACAAUCCCAUUUGUUUGGUGUCUCAAUUAUUUAUCCGUCAUAUUGUUUUCCAAUUGAAAUGAGAACUAUUCUUUUUCUUUUUCUUUC